AUGGAGGGACAAACAAUCCAACUCGUUUCUUAUGAAGGGACUGUAUUUACAGUUCCAAUCUCUAUUCUAGACGUAUCAGAACCUUUAAAAGAGAGCCCUGACUAUGAAUCCCAAAUCCACCUCGAGCCUCUUGAAAUCGACGAUGAGCCCUUAAGACUUAUCCUAACAUAUUUAGAGCAUCAUGAAUUCAAACCUCUAAAUCUAGCUUCAUGCCAUCUAAAUUCAGGAGAUUUAGUAAGUCACUUAUAUGAUACUUGGGAUGCUGAGUUUGUCGAAGGGAUUGAAAUUGAGUCUCUGCUCAAACUUCUGCUUGCUUCACAAAGGCUUGACAUUAAAACCCUCACUGAAAUUAUAUGCAUGAAAAUCGCAAUCACGCUCAGGCUAAAAGACAAAGAAACUUUAUCAGAAGAAUACAAGGAAAACUUAGUACCAAUCAGUGAGCACGAGGCUUGGCUACAAGAAGAAUAUUUUUGGGCAAGAGGGAUCAAUUUUAAUAUUAUCCAAAAUUAA